AGCAGCAGAAACCGGAAGCUGCUAGCAGAGCUAGCUUGUUGUUGUUGAAUGUCUUCACUUCAGUCUCUGGGAGAGUUGAUCAGCUAAAGCGACUAACUGCUGCUGCUGCAGAAAUCUUCUCACCAGGCUGUGGAAACUUUCUUCUCCUCCUCAACAACUUGGUGGAGUUCUUUCCAGAAGCAGAGAAGCUAUUCUGCGGUCUUCGUGACAAUCGGAGCUCCAGAAGCAGGUGAUGGGUGAGAAAAGCUUUUCUCUAGACUUCCUGCCCUCUGGAUCUGCUGCUGUUCCUUUGGCCUCUCUGAGAAACGCGCUCGUUUUGCUGCUUUCAUCAGAUUGAAGAGGUUCCCUCUAUCAGACUCGCUCAUCUGAGUUGGUCAUGAUGCAGGAUCGCUGCUCGCUCUCUCAUCCAUCCUGCUCACACUCUCCGACGGAAAAGGCCCGAAUCUGAAUGUGACUCUGGAGGAAAAAGCGGUUAGCUCUACUCCGUGAACUCUGCUGUUAGCUAAACACGGCUAAAGAAAACCUGCUACCACUUCAGGAUCAUCCAUCAGCUGGGACUGCUUCAUCAGCAUGGACACAGAUGUUCAACAGCUGGUGCUGGUUAAAGAAGAAGCUCCUGAGGAACAGAAUGCAGGUGAGGACCAGAAAGACCCAGAACACGUCCACAUGAAGGAGGAACAAGAAGAAAACUGGACCAGUCUGGAGGGAGAGCAACUCCAUUUGAAGGAGAAAACUGAUGCUGCCAGGUUUCCAUUCACAUUGGCUUCUAUAAAGAGUGAGGAUGAUGAAGAGAAACCUCUGUUCUCACAGCUUCAUCAGCAGCAAGUAGAAGUCAACGAUGUCCAAACCAAAGAUGUUCAACAGCUGGUGCUGGUUAAAGAAGAAGCUCCUGAGGAACAGAGUGCAGGUGAGGACCAGAAAGACCCAGAACACGUCCACAUGAAGGAGGAACAAGAAGAAAAGUGGACCAGUCUGGAGGGAGAGCAACUCCAUUUGAAGGAGAAAACUGAUGCUGCCAGGUUUCCAUUCACAUUGGCUUCUAUAAAGAGUGAGGAUGAUGAAGAGAAACCUCUGUUCUCACAGCUUCAUCAGCAGCAAGUAGAAGUCAACGAUGUCCAAACCAAAGAUGUUCAACAGCUGGUGCUGGUUAAAGAAGAAGCUCCUGAGGAACAGAGUACAGGUGAGGACCAGAAAGACCCAGAACACGUCCACAUGAAGGAGGAACAAGAAGAAAAGUGGACCAGUCUGGAGGGAGAGCAACUCCAUUUGAAGGAGAAAACAGAUGCUGCCAGGUUUCCAUUCACAUUGGCUUCUAUAAAGAGUGAGGAUGAUGAAGAGAAACCUCUGUUCUCACAGCUUCAUCAGCAGCAAGUAGAAGUCAACGAUGUCCAAACCAAAGAUGUUCAACAGCUGGUGCUGGUUAAAGAAGAAGCUCCUGAGGAACAGAGUGCAGGUGAGGACCAGAAAGACUCAGAACACGUCCACAUGAAGGAGGAACAAGAAGAAAACUGGACCAGUCUGGAGGGAGAGCAGCUCCAUUUGAAGGAGAAAACAGAUGCUGCCAGGUUUCCAUUCACAUUGGCUUCUAUAAAGAGUGAGGAUGACGAAGAGAAACCUCUGUUCUCACAGCUUCAUCAGCAGCAACUAGAAGACAAUGAAGUUCCAACCACCAGCUCAGCUCACCAGAUGACAGCAGAAACUGGUGGAAGAGCAGAAACUAGCAGGAACCAAGAUCUGAACCCUCAUGAACAGACAUCUGAUUCUUCAGAAACUGAAAUGAGUGGAGAUGAUGAAGAAGAGGAUGAAGAUGUGAAUCUAGACUCUGAGCUGUCAGACUCUGGGUCUGAAACUGGGGAAGAAGACAGUGACUGGACUGAAAGCAGGUCUUCUAAGUCACAUGUUAGGACUGUCAACAAGUCCUUUAGCUGCCCUGAGUUUAGUAAACAAUUUCUCCACAAGAGUUCUCUCCAGAAACACGUGAGAGUGUCAGGUCAUUCAGCAAUGAGGUCUUCAAGCUGUUUGGUCAAAAAGAAAUGUGUUAGAGUUAAGCAAAAUGUAGACUCAUGCAAGACAGUCCAGAAAGAACUAAAAUCAUUUAGUUGUGAUGUCUGUGGAAAAAGAUUUAGUGCAAUGUGUGAUUUAAACGUUCACAUUAGAGUUCACACAGGAGAAAAACCUUUUAUCUGUGAGACCUGUGGUAAAAGAUUUGGCUAUAAAACAGCUUUAAAAGUUCACAUGAGAGUCCACACAGGAGAAAAACCUUUUAUCUGUGAGACCUGUGGUAAAAGAUUUGGCUAUAAAACAGCUUUAAAUAGUCAUGUAAGAGUCCACACAGGAGAAAAACCUUUUGCCUGUGAGACCUGUGGUAAAAGAUUUAGCCGAAAGACAACUUUAAACUUUCACAUCAGUGUCCACAAGGGAGAAAAACCUUUUGCCUGUGAGACCUGUGCUAAUAGAUUUGCCCAUAAACGAGCCUUAGACGUUCACAUGAAAGUCCACACAGGAGAAAAACCUUUUGUCUGUGAGACCUGUGCUGAAAGAUUUAGCCGAAAGGCAGCUUUAAAUGUUCACAUGAGUGUCCACAAGGGAGAAAAACCUUUUGCCUGUGAGACCUGUGGUAAAAGAUUUGACUACAAAGCAGUUCUAAAUGAUCAUGUAAGAGUCCACACAGGAGAAAAACCUUUUGUCUGUGAGACCUGUGGUAAAAGAUUUGGCCAUAAGACAGCUUUAAACACUCACAUGAGAGUCCACACAGGAGAAAAACCUUUUGCCUGUGAGACCUGUGGUAAAAGAUUUGACUAUAAAGCAGCUUUAAAUAAUCAUGUAAGAGUCCACACAGGAGAAAAACCUUAUGCCUGUGAGACCUGCGGUAAAAGAUUUGGCCAUAAGACAGCUUUAAAUAAUCAUGUAAGAGUCCACACAGGAGAAAAACCUUUUGUCUGUGAGACCUGUGGUAAAAGAUUUGGCCAUAAGACAGCUUUAAAUAAUCAUGUGAGAGUCCACACCGGAGAAAAACCUUUUGCCUGUGAGACUUGUGGUAAAAGAUUUGCCCAAAAACAAGCCUUAAACGUUCACAUGAAAGUCCACACAGGAGAAAAAUCGUUUGCCUGUGAGACCUGUGGUAAAACAUUUGGCUUUAAGACAGCUUUAAACUAUCACAUGAGAGUCCACACAAGAGAAAAACCUGUUUUCCUGUUGGCUCUGUGGUCAAAGAUUUAGAGACAAGACAUAUUUAAACUGUCACUUUACAGUUCACACAAGACUUAAUGAAUUAUUUUGAAGGUGUUAUUGACGGGUAAAUAAAUUCCAUCUGUGAGAGCAGGGGAGUGGAGGAGGAGGAGAAUGUGUGUGCGCGCAGGGGCGUAGCAAGCUUUUGUGAAGUGUGUGUGAGAGCCAAUUAGUUGCAAAUUCAUUUAGGAUAUGUUAGUGAAUAAGUUUUUAAAAAUUUGUGAUUUAAAAAAAAAUAUAAUUUCAUUAAAAAAUACAGAAACACUUCAGUUAAAAUCAUAGAAUGUAGAAGUGUUAGAUUCUGAAACAUUUUCUUUGUAUUUUGGGCUUCCUGUAUCCCAUAAUUCCUUUUAUAGAAGGUUUUUUUUGGAGGGGGGGGGGGG